AUGAAGGUCAAAAUAAAGAAAUGGCAUGCGGUUGCUACCUGGCGAUGGGAUAUGCCCGAGGAUGAAGUCUGUGGAAUCUGCCGGGUGCAAUUCGACGGGACCUGCCCUACAUGCAAAUUCCCAGGUGACGACUGCACGUUGUUGAUCGGCAAAUGUGGCCACUCGUUCCAUAUGCACUGUCUUCUGACUUGGAUUCAGCAAGAGUCUUCGAAGGGGCUAUGUCCCAUGUGCCGUCAAAAAUUUGAAUGGAAACAAGCGACCGACAAGGAUCAACAGGCAACCUGA